UCUCCCCUCAAUGCAAGGGAUGUGGCUGCAGAAACAGCCAAUGAUCACAUGCUAACACGUGUAUUGACAUGGGUGUUGUCAGGAUGCCCUGACAUGUGUCCUGGCACUAAUUUUCAGAGUUUCUGGAAAAGGAAGCAUGAGCUAUCCACCUUUAAGGGUUGCGUCCUAUGGGGUAGCAGGGUAGUGAUCCCAACCACAUUGAGGACUAGAGUUUUGCAGUCUCUGCAUGAGGGACAUCUGGGCAUAGUCCAGAUGAAGGCACUUGCACGCAGCUAUCUCUGGUGGCUGGUGCUUGAUAAGGAGAUUGAGACCCAGGUCCAGGGUUGCUAUGUUUGCCAACAGUCAAGGCCUGAAAUGCCACAGGCUCCUGUACACAGGUGGGAGGAAACACAUGCUCCUUGGUCGAGGGUUCAUAUAGAUUACGCUGGCCCCUUUCAGGGGCAAUUCUUCCUCAUUGUUGUGGACAGUCACUCUAAAUGGCUAGAGGUCAUUCCAGUGUCCACUACGAUGACUGCCAGGACCAUCCAAGUGUUGAGGGGCAUCUUUGCCCCCCAUGGGCUCCCAGAUAUUCUUGUCUCCGACAACGGCCCUCAAUUCACUUCUUCUGAGUUCCAGGCUUUCCUACAGGCCAACAUGAUCCGUCAUGCUACUUCGGCACCAUUCCAUCCAGCUUCCAAUGGCCAAACUGAGCGCAUGGUGUGCACAACCAAAGAUGCCCUGAAGAGGCUCACUCACAGGAGCUGGCAUCACAGGAUAGCUGUCUUUCUUCUUUGCCAACACACCACACCUUGUACAGCUACUGGGAAAAGCCUAGCUGAACUCCGCUGGGGUCGCCGUCUCAUUACCAAACUGGACAGAUUGCACCCAGACCAGGUGGCUUCGCAGAUGUCACAGCUGCGGGCACCUAGGAGACUACAGGUGGACGAUCUGGUUUGGGCAAGGAAGUAGGGACUUGGACAUCUCUGGGUGGCAGCAGUGGUCUGCAAAGUCACUGGGCCGCUGUCAUACAAAGUGGCCUUGGACGAUGGUCGUGUGUUGCGUCAGCACAUUGACCAGCUAUGCUGGAGACUACCCAGUCACCCUUCCACUCCUGACUCUGCUCUCGGUGGGAAGGAGGACCACAAUCAUGAUCAUGGAUCUCAGUCUUCCUGCAGAAGUGGGGGUUUGCACUCUGCACAUAGGGGUUUUGCCAAUGAGGCGGCUCCUGGCACUGGGUUCAUGGAAAAUUGCACAAACCGGCUGUUCAGGCCACUCCAUCUGCUGGUCUUGCUCCCAAGAGGGGCCUGUCAUGGACCUGGGGAAUUCCACCCCACCAAGGAACUCUGAUCUGGGUUUACAGGACUCGGCCAGUCAGCAUAAUGGGGGUUCGCCUGUACCUAGUGGGCAUCAAAGUCCCGGUCUGCUGAGCCUGGCAGGCGAGCUUGUAGACCAGGCACUUACAACCGCUCCAACAAGAUCAGAGCAGGCCAGAGGCCCACCAAAGUAUUUGCAGGACUAUGUGAAGUUCCUGUUAGUAGGUGGGCAGGUUUAAGUGUCCUUAGAAAUAAGAACACGCUCAAAAGAAUGAACAUGUGUUAGUUUUGUAGUAUUGCAAAAUAGUAAGUUCUAUGUGUUUGAAAUAAGAGGGGAGGGGUGUUAUGUCCUGGACUGUGAUUGAACAGCAGGUGCAGGAAGCUGCAUAGAGUCCCUGUCUUGUCUCAAUGCCUUACCAACGUUCAGAACAGAACAAUCUUGAAAACCAAUAUUCUGCUGCCCACAAUCUAUCACCAACUGAGAGUGUACAGAUAAAUAUUUAAGAAAUUGCAUCGCAUGUUGAACUUCUGGCAAUGCUUUUUGCUCUAACAGAUACAAAAAGCAAAGAGAAAAGAUGUGUUCUAAGUAAGUCUGUUCAGCAUCCUGUCAUCCAACUAAUUCUUCUGACACAUAAGCAGCAAAGUUAUACUGCAGUCUUUUUAGUUCUCCACCAACUUUGCUGAAUAUUCUUCUCAGAAGGGUCAUAUAAGAGGUAUAUGCCAUUCACUAACAUAAAAAAGGGAAAUUUGAUGAGUUUAUAGCUGCUUCUGCAGAAAACUGAGAUUGUUUUGUUGUUUAGAAAUGCAAUGUUAGACAGACAGAAAUAUUACAUUAUAAUUUACAUCCUGUAAGAUUAGAAAAAACAGCUUGAGAAUAUGUGGGCAAUAUCUCUUUGGUCAGAAGACUGGAAAAGAGAAGAGAUUAAAUAUAAAAGCCUAACUCUAUAGGAUUGUUGGCAUCCCUAGGCAUCUACUAACUACAUAUACACACCAGAGUCAUGCUUUAAAUCCUGUUCUUCCAUACAUGUAUCCCAAUGUAAGAUGCUAGCAUGAAAGGUAAUGAGUUUGUGAUGUGAUAUCAUGAUGCAUGCAUAUUCACUUGCCCCAUUUUCCCACAUCCCUAUGUCAAUGCUCCUUUAAACCAAAUUAAGAUGGCUGUUCUUUUUCCUGAUAAGUAAAAAUAAAAAUUAACAGUCAAACGUGUUCUACAAUAGUUAGAUACUGUAUAUAUCACUGGCUGCUAAACAUCAAGUAACAAUCUACAGCACUGUUACUAAAUCUUGACAACUUUAAGACAUGUGGACUUCAGCUCCUGGAAUUAUUCUAGAAGUACUCUGGAAGUUGAAGUCCACAUGUCUUAAAGUUGCCAGGAUUGAGAAACACUGAUCUACAGCUUCAAAACAGAAUUCUUGACAAGUUAGCAGUGUCAUAAACAGGCUCUAGUAGAUUACAGUUAUCUAAAAUCACCUGGAAUACCAAAUACAUGCAUCAUUUUCUCAGCUCAUUAAAGUUACUGGGAUUCAGGCAUUUUGGUACAGAUUAUCUGUACUCAAUAAAGCUUGAUCUGUAUUUGCUAUUGUGAAAUUAGGGAAUAGGAGAUGACAAUGUUUUUCAAACAUAGUUUGAUUUUAACAUGUUGGAACAAGUGGAGUAAAAAUAAUAAUAAAUAUUAAUAAAC